AUGGAGCCGCCGGUUCAGCCGCCUCAGGAGCAGCCGCCGCGCCCCCGCUCCCACACGGUCACCACCACCAGCAGCUCCUUCACCGCCAACCUGUCGGCCAGCUCCAGCACCCUCGCCUACGAUAGGGAGUUCCUGCGGACCCUGCCCGGGCUCCUCAUGGUGACAGAGAUCGUAUUGGGGCUGCUGGUGUGGACCCUGAUUGCUGGAACAGAAUACUUUCUAUAUCCAGCCUUUGGCUGGGUGAUGUUUGUGGCUGUGUUUUACUGGGUUCUUACCAUCUUCUUUCUAAUCAUCUAUAUGACAAUGACCUACACCAGGAUUCCCCAGGUGCCAUGGACCACAGUGGGUCUGUGUUUCAAUGGAAGUGCCUUCAUUUUGUACCUCAUUGCUGCCAUUGUAGAUGCAUCUUCAGUUACCAAAGAACUUGACAGUCACAAUUACAACAGCUGGGCAGCUUCUUCAUUCUUUGCCUUCGUGGUUACCUCCUGCUAUGCUGGAAAUACGUAUUUUAGCUUCAUAUCUUGGCGAUCACGAACUUUGCAGUAAAUAUUUUGUUAAAAUGAAAUCUGUAGAACAAAAUAUCUUGUGGAUUAUACUCUUUUGACAAAAGAUUGGAAGAGGGAUGAGGUCUUUUCAAAUGUUUCCAUUAGAACUGAUACAACAUUUUUUAAGAUGAGAUGAAAUCAUUAUUUAUAAGACCAUCUUUAGAGACA